GAGAGCCUUCUGUUGCCUUGGGAACGAUCCUCGGGGCGCCUAGGUGGGCCCUUGGACCGGGCGAGCUGCCUUAGGACCGCACUCCCCGCGCUCAGCCCCGCUUCCUGCCCACAACCGGAUGCGUGCGGGCUGAGCCCCCUGCCUCUGAGUUCACCCCAUGGUUAUUCCUGUAGGCUAUGGCUAUCGCCGUUUCCUGCAGCGUCAGGCUCCACCUCGCCUCAAAGUCGACCUAAGCUCCUCUGUGCAGUGCAGUAGGAUGGAAACCACCCCCUCACUGCUGUUCAGAUGUGCACUUCCUGUACUUCUUCAAGGCAUUGAACAAGAUUACCCUUACUAUGUUCCAGACUUGUACUGAGAGCUUAAUGAAAAUGGACACAAUUCCUGCCUUCCUAGAGCAAACAGACUAACAGGGAAGAUACCUGGUUUCUUCCAGUUUACCCUGAGUUACACGAGAAGAUGAAAUACAUUGCCAAGAAAUGUGGAGUUAGGUUCCAGCCUCCAGCUGUGAUCUUGAUUUAUGAGAAUGAAACCGAAGGAAAGAGCCGCCAGCGUAUCAUGCCUGUCCGAAACUUUUCAAAGUUCUCAGAUUGCACCAGAGCUGCGGAACAGUUAAAGAAUAACCCACGGCACAAGAGUUACCUGGAACAGGUGCCCCUGAAGCAGCUGGAGAAGCUGUUUGUUUUUUUGCGAGGUUCCUUGCAGGGGCAGAGCUUGGCAGAAACAAUGGAACAGAUUCGGCGGGAAACGACCAUCGAUCCCGAGGAAGACCUGAACAAACUGGACGACAAGGAGCUCGCCAAAAGGAAGAGCAUCAUGGAUGAGCUUUUCGAGAAAAAUCAGAAGAGAAAGGACGACCCCACUUUUGUGUACGACGUCGAGGUGGAGUUCCCUCAGGAUGAACAGCUGCUGUCCUGCAGCUGGGACACAGCGUCAGUGGAUGACUUCUGAGGAAGCGCUCCACGUUUCCUCAGAGAACAAAGAUCAGUUCUAGAAAACGCUGAAACACUAGCGAUCUAUAAAACCAGGACACUUCCAUGUGCUACGUAGGCCUAUGAGAAACACAGAAAUACAAGGUGGGAAUCUGCCUUCAAGGCGUUGACAGGCGACAGCAAAGGGAACUCAAGGACUUGUAAAAAGAUAUUUUAAUAAUAUUACUCAGGAAAAAGAUAAGAGCCAGAUUUUGACAAAGGGGAGGCUUUCCCUCAGCGGAAAGGGGCCCAUGCUUGGCCCUGAAAUGCUACAGAUGUUUUUGUAGAAAUCAAGAUGAAGCAAAGAGGGAAGGGUGUGGUAAAGAGACAAGAAAUGGGAGAAUCUGAGAAAUGGUGAGUAAUUAUAGUUUGACAAGAUUGGAAUUAACCUGUGUUCUUCAGGACUCUAUGUGCAUUAACUCUGGGGUAGACAGGAGCACCUGUAAAUGCAGAACGUCUCACAGCUACGAGUACAUGUGGCGGAUGGCAGGCAGUUCUACUCCGCAAUCAGGAAAUAUGGUCUAACGUUACUCUGAAACCCAGAGCCACUUCCUGCGAAAGGCUGGUUUGUACAGUGGCAAGUCCUCCCACAAUGAGUGAUAGGUACUACUGUUCAGACCUGUUUGUGAGUUUAGAUGUACAAAGAUCUCGGCCUCACAAAUCCUCUGUGUGCAGAUGUGUUUGUUCUUACUAGAAUAUUAUCUGAUUGAUAGAAAUCGUAUGUUUUCUACAAGGAAACUAUUAUUCAUUGAAUAAAGCUGUGACCGUAA